AUAAGAUCAGCAAGCCUUUAAUCACCACAUACUUAGAAGAAUAUCAAAGGGGAAAGGAAGAAGAAAUGGAAUUCACUUGCAAGGACUUCAAGGUGGGAAAAUGUGAGGGUGAGAAACUGGUGCAUGGUGAAACCAUACCACUAGUGCUGCAGCCCCCAACAGACGGUAAAAGCGACGUGAAGUCUUUGUUGGAAAACCUAGGGAGAAACAAGGAGUGGUUUGAGGAGAUGAUAAUCAAGAAUAGUGCAGUUCUUCUCAGGGGCUUUGAUGUUAAGAACGCUGAAGAGUUCAACGAUAUCGUCGAGGUCUUUGGAUGGGAGGACAUACGGUACGUGGGCCCUGCCCCCCGGACGCACAUAUACAAGAGAGUUUGGACAGCCAAUGAAGGACCUCUCUCUGAGUUCAUAUACUAUCAUCAUGAGAUGGUCUUGAUAAAGGAAUUUCCAAAGAAAGUUAUACUUUUCUGUGAAGUGCCGCCACCAGAAGGUGGAGAGACACCUUUUGUGCCUAGUUUCCGAGUAACUGAAAGAAUGCUCGAGGAGUUCCCGGAGUUUGUGGAGGAGUUGGACAAGAAAGGACUGAGGUACACGUUCACGGCUCUCAGCAAGGACGAUAAGUCGUCCAUGAGAGGCCGAGGUUGGGAAGAUGCCUUUGGAACAUCAGAUCCUGCAGAAGCAGAGAGAAGGGCUAAGGCGUUAGGGAUGGACAUGGAAUGGCUACCGAAUGGAGGGGUGAAGACGGUACUGGGGCCAAGAUCUUUGACAAGGGUGUUUGAUGGAAGAAAAGGGAGGAGAAUGUGGUUCAACACCAUGGUGGGGAUGCACGGAAAGGAGCUGAGCUCAGCCAUGAUGGCAGACGGAACUGAAAUACCUGAGAAGAUAGUGAAGAGAUGUGAAGAGAUAAUUGAAGAAGAAAGCAUCCAAUUCAAGUGGGAGAAGGGAGAUGUGUUGUUUUUGGAUAAUUAUGCUUUGCUUCAUGGUAGAAGGCCUUCCCUUCCUCCUAGAAGGGUGUUGGUUGCUACAUGCAAAUAGCUCAGAUGGCUCACAAACAGGACUGCUGAAAUAAGUUGUACGAAAUAAGCUCAUCAGUAUGAAUAAGUAGCAAGUCUACCGGGUCUUGAUAUCCAGUUUCCUCGUCAUUGUAUGCCGGCCCAUCGACGCGACAAGAUAUGAUAUGUGCACCACCUAUGUACCAUCAGGUGAAAGAUCAACAAAGUUGGAACUGUAUAACAGAUCAAGUUAUUUAGAUAUGAUCUGAUAUUAUAAAUAGCUAAAUGCCCGUUUGAGUUGUA